CUCUCUCUCCCUCUCUCUCCCCUCUCUUCUUCCCUCUCUUCUUCCUCUCUCUCUCUCUCUCUCUCUCUCUCUCUGACACCGGUGACAGGGCAGGGGAGAGAGGAGGUAGACUUUCAGUUCUAGCCUACAGGCACACAGUGAAACAGUAGACGUCCCCUUAUGCAUUUUUAACAGCUCAGCAGGUGAUGGGAACAGUUUGGUUGGGACAGUUUGUCCACAGAUAGAGUGACCAAGUGAUCAGCUGUGAAUGACAUUCAUCAUCAUUUUCUUGGAAAGAGAGGACUACUUUAAAAAAACAGGACUCUGUCUCUCGUGGUACAACCUACCUGUAAGCCACCUGGCUUUCAUUUCGUUGGGAAGAUCAUCUAUCUCUCUCAGGAUCCCUGUUUAGUUGACUUUUCAGAGAUUUGCCUGUAAAAUAGCAUGCCUGGAGCCAGUGGCGUCAAUGUGGAGGGCUCAUGUGAGGCUCUGUGUCGGACUCUGGUGUCUCAGAACGGCCUCCAGAGAGAGACGGCUGACAUCUCCCAGUCCGUCCUCUAUACCUCACUGAUGGGCCUGCUUCUAGUUGCUGACAACGAGAAAGAGCAGCUCACCUUAGGAAGUGGAAGGGUUGGCCUUAAAAACAUCGGAAACACAUGUUUCCUGAAUGCAAUAGUCCAGUGUUUGUCUCACACAUGUGGCUUACGGGACUACUGUCUCCUGAAGCGGUACACGCAGGAGAAGUUCUCCAAAGAGGAUGCUAAGCUCAUGGAAGCUUUCACUCAGGUGCUGUCGGGCCUUUGGGAUGAAAACGAGGGGGGCAGAGUUGUAAAUCCACGACAGUUUUACAAUCUUUUUAAAGAAGCGGUGCCUUACUUCAGUGGUUACAGUCAACAGGAUGCACAGGAGUUCCUCAGAUUCCUAUUGGACAAGCUGCACACAGAAAUCAACCGCAGACCCUAUGUUCGCCGAACGGGGAAGGAGCCGGAGCAAAAAUACGCCAGAUUUAGGAUUUCCGAAGAGGCAGCUGUCAUGUGGAAGAAGCACUUGGAAAGAGAUGACAGCAGAAUAGUAGACCUGUUCUCAGGCCAGCUAAGGAGCUCGUUGCAUUGCUCAGUGUGCUCUCACUACUCCAACACAUUUGAUGUGUUCUGUGAUCUGUCGCUGCCCAUCCCCAAGAGGAGCUCUGCAGGGGAGGUCACACUGAGGCAGUGCCUUGAUCUCUUCUCUCAGGAAGAGAAACUGGAUAAGGAGAAUUCUCCAAUGUGUGAGAGGUGUAACAGGCAUACAGAGUGCACCAAGCGGCUGUCCAUACAGAGGUUUCCCCAGGUUAUUGUGAUCCAUCUGAAUCGCUUUACAAUGUCACGGUGGUCCAUCAGUAAAAGCACGGUGUAUGUGUCCUUCCCGCUUACUAACCUGGACCUCGGACCUUACGGACCUGUCGACUGUGGCCCAGUUCUGUAUGAUUUAUAUGCAAUAUGUAAUCAUGCUGGGACAGUGAACAUGGGCCACUACACAGCCUGCUGUACAGAUGAAAAUGGUUGGUGCUUCUACAAUGACUCCAGUGUGACUUCAGUCUCAGAGAACCAGCUUCAGACCAGUCAGGCCUAUGUACUGUUUUACCAGCGCAGCAACAGCACCACCACGACCAACGUCAGAAAAUAGACCUGAGACUGGCUAAGUCAGGCAGCCAAUCAGAGCAACUUUACCUCCAGUGUCCAUAGAAACAAAUAGAAGCAGCAGUGCUGUAACUCUGUCAUCUAUGAACUUCCUAAUGAGCUUAAAUAAACUCUGAGGAGGAGGAGGAGGAGGAGGAGGAGGAGGAGGAGGAGGCUGUACUUGCUUUAAGGGGGGUUUAAAAUGUGAUCUCUCCCCUCCUAAAUCAUGGAGAUGCUUUUGAAGAGUCUCAGUGUGAGGGCUGAGACACACUGUAGCUGUCAGAGUCUCUUGUGCCCAAGUCCUCAGGGCAGGAGUGAGUGGUGUACUUGCACAUGAUGCAGAGCUCUUAAUGUAAGAAAAUUGUGAUUCAUGUUUGGUAAGGUAAGCACAAAUAAACAAAAACAAAUCUCAAAUGGAAUAGAGAUGAAGUAACAUUUUAUGACUCAGAUAUGAGGUAAAACAUUCAAAUACCCUAAACACUUUAAGCUUCAAACGUUUCAUUUAAGAAGUAAUUAUCUGUAGUCUGUGUAUUUAUGCUGUCUUUAAUCUUAAUUCCCAUGGACAGUGAAAAAUUGAAAAUAUUAUAAUGGGCUGUGUUUCUCCUCUAACUGAAUUAUAUGAAUGUUCAUAUAUGUACUGUAUGUAUAUAUAUUUUUUUUACAUUUGUCUCUACUGCUAUUGUACAUAUGGACAAAUUACACAGCUGAUUGUAUUUCAUUAUUGAUG